GCCAGCGCGCACGCGCAGCGGGGAAGGGGCGGGGCGCCUUCCCCGGAAGCGCCGCCUGGGCGCCACGUCCGCGCCCAGCGCCCCGCAGCCGCCGCCCCGGCCGGGACCGGACCGGAGCGCCAUGGGCCCCGCGGGCGCGCGUCCCGGCUCCCCGCCGUCGCCACCGCUGCUGCUGCUGCUGCUGCUGCUGCUCCUGCUCCGGGCCGCGCGGCCGCGGGGCGCCGAGCUCACCUUCGAGCUGCCCGACAGCGCCAAGCAGUGCUUCCACGAGGACGUGGAGCGGGGCGCCAAGUUCUCCCUGGACUACCAGGUCAUUACCGGAGGCCACUAUGACGUGGACUGCUACGUGGAGGACCCCCUGGGAAAGACCAUCUACAGGGAAACCAAGAAGCAGUACGACAGCUUCACGCACCGGGCCGAGGUCAAGGGCGUUUAUCAGUUUUGCUUCAGCAAUGAGUUCUCCACCUUCUCUCACAAGACCGUCUACUUUGACUUCCAAGUGGGCGACGAGCCCCCCAUCCUCCCAGACAUGGGGAACAGGGUCACGGCCCUCACCCAGAUGGAGUCGGCCUGUGUGACCAUCCACGAGGCCCUGAAGACGGUGAUUGACUCCCAGACGCAUUACCGGCUCCGCGAGGCCCAGGACCGGGCGCGGGCGGAGGAGCUGAACAGCCGGGUCUCGUACUGGUCUGUCGGCGAGACCGUCGCCCUGUUCCUGGUCAGUUUUAGCCAGGUGCUGCUGCUGAAAAGCUUCUUCACGGAGAAGCGGCCCGCCCCCCGGGUGGCGCACUCCUAGUCCCUGUGCUCGGCCCCCAGCACGGAGCUGCCCUCCUAGGUCACGGGCUCCUGCUGGGCCGGAGGCAGAGACGCCCGGGGAGGGGCGGGGGGGGGGGGGCACCGAGCUCCCAGGUGCCCGUUCCCGGUGUCCCGGCGGCCAGCGCCCACAGAGCCCGGUGACGGGGACGCAUCUGACCGCGUUACGUGCGCGACGCCGAGAAGAGCGAGUGGUCAGGCUGAGACUGGCCGCUGUGCAGGGCCACAGGAAGUGAGCCGCGUCUGGCCAGAGGAGGCCUCCUGGGGCGGCGGCUCCGGGCGCUCCCUCUGCCCCAUGGUGCCCGGGUCAUCCGGCCCGUGUGUGUCCAGGCCUCUGUGCGGAAGAAGGGGCUCUUUAGUCUGCUUCCC